AUGGCGGUGUUUGUAGAUCUCGACGACGAUGACGUCGACCUUCCUCAGCAGGGCCUGAACGGGAUGAAGCCCGUGUGGAACGGCACACUACCCUCAGAAACCUCGACAAGAAGCCCCUUGAAGGAUGAUGGGCACAGUCUUCAAGGCCCGGACCCCUCAGACAGUAUCCAUCGCGAGGAGGGCGCUCACGAGCGCGCUGUCCGAGAGAUUUACCCGAACUCCAUGACAGUGGCCCUGGGAUGCUAUCCUAUCGUCAUAGCCAUAGCCUCGCAGCUUGACCUCAACGACCUCGACAGUCUCUCCCACGUCUGCCGCGGCAUUCACAACAGCCUGCUCCAGAACUGGUCAAUACUGGUCAAGUCAAGCCUCCACUGCUCCAAUGACGACCUGCCGGUCGACCCUGAUUCUACGCUACGGUAUCGAGCCAGAGCAGGCAACUGGUUCUACAUGGAAGACACAACUCGCAGUGCGCAGUACAACGGCAAGGCCGGUAGCUGUGCGCGAGAUCUGGUCUCCGACUGUCGCAGAUGCGGUACGGUGGUCUGCAGGAACUGUGCGAUUAAACCACCAGCCCCCGCCGUCCUCCGCGACAGACACCGCCGGCUCUGCCUCCCCUGCCAGAAAGCCCCGAUUGACCGUCUUAUGAAGCCAGCCGUCCAGGGCAGAGGCAUGUCCUUGACCUCGCACACGAUGCAACAGGCAGUAUGUAUGAUCUGGAAAUGGCGGACCCAGUAUGGUGAGGUUCUCGGUGGCCUGGGCACCGGUAUCGGCGACGCUGAUCGCGGUGUCGAGUGCGCCAGGGCCAAGGACUGCAUCAGUGGGAAGUUCAUUGAGCACGAGACAGACUGCGACGCCGAUGACGCGCGCGAGGCUGAAGAUCUUGCUGCGGGAUAUUCGUCCGGUGGGACGCCGCCAGUGAGCCUGUACAGCGGGUCUCAUUCGUGGUCAAGCAGCCACAGCAGCCUGCACAGCAGCUCCCCCACGCCGGGCAGUCUUUUAGACCCUAGUCUGGCACUCGGUACCACUACCUCGAGGACGCCGUCGCCAGCCGUCGGGCCAGGGUAUGCCAGGCAUGAGGUGGAGGGGAUCGGUAACAAGAUCAAGACCGUGAAAGUGUCUAUGGUCCGCGUGGGAGGGGGUGUACCCGAGUGGAAGGAUGAGAAGGCCUCUGGCCAGACCCUACGUCGAGAGGUCUCGGGCGAGGUCAGGAGCUGGUGCGGCUGGUGCAACCGGGUGAUCCCAGGGAGGAAGGAUUUCGAGGCUGAAAAGGCCCGCCGGGAUCUUAUAACGGCUACAGACGCGUCAUGA